AUGGCCACCCAAUCGACUCCCCGCGGCCGCAUCCGCGAUGUCCUCCCGAAUCUCCACCUGGGAUCAUGGCCGGCGGGACCCAAGAAUUCCAUCACCGACGUUCCCGGCGUAUUGGCCUCGACGCAGAGUAUCCACAACGAUGAGGACGGAGUCAACACCGGCGUGACGGUCAUCCUCCCCCGUCGGAAUUGGUUCAGGGAGGCCUGCUACGCUGGUAUCUUUCGCUUCAACGGCUCUGGGGAGUUGACUGGGUCCCAUUGGAUUGAGGAGACUGGUCUUCUUGCUAGUCCCAUCGUACUCACCAACUCUUUCUCGGUCGGUGAUGCCUACCGCGGUAUCUAUGAGUACGCCACAAAACAUCACUCGAACGAUGACGGCGAAGUGGACUGGUUCUUGUUACCGGUAGUUGGCGAGACGUUCGACGGUUACUUGAACAAUAUUGCCAAGUUGGCCGUCAAGUCAUCCGAUAUUGUCAAGGGAAUCGAUUCAGUGACGGACGAACCUGUUCCCGAGGGGAACACUGGGGGCGGCACCGGUAUGGUCUGCCAUUACUUCAAGGGCGGAACCGGAUCCAGCAGCCGUCUUGUUGAAGGCCUCGAUGGCGAGGGCAACAAAAAGAACUACACCGUCGCCGCACUCGUGCAGGCCAACUAUGGAAGAGCAGGGCACCUGCGUAUCGGUGGCUUCCCUGUUGGUCGUAUACUCGAGAAGGAGAAAGCAGAGGCGCAAGCCGACGUGGCACGACACAAGGACCAGAAGGAUGGCUCCAUCAUUAUCGUUGUUGCAACCGAUGCGCCUCUGACGCCGAGUCAAUGCGAGAGACUUGCCAAGAGGGCAACGGUUGGUCUGUCGAGAGUCGGCGGUUAUGGCCAUAACCCUUCUGGAGACAUUUUCCUCGCCUUCUCGACAGGAAACCACAUCCCUGUACAGACGGUGACCAAGGGAAAGCGUGAGGUUGACCCUUUCAAGGCCAGGGCGCUGAAGAUUGAGGCGAUCGAUGAUACUACUAUCAACGGACUCCUAGAAGCGGCGGCAGACGCAACGGAGGAGAGCAUCUACAACGCCUUGUGCUCGGCUGAGACAUUGACAGGAUUUUGUGGACACAAAGUUGAGGAAUUGCCUCUUGACCGGUUGAAGGAGAUCAUGGAGAAGUAUGAUUCGCAGUUUUCCUGA